AGUCAUUUCUUCCAAAUCUCGAAAAACAUUUAUUCCAUGGCUGCCAAUAUCGAAAACUCUGAUAUAGAAAUUUGCAAUGUCAUUUCAGAAUCAAAGAGAAUCGCCACUUCCCAACGACGCCAUUUCAGAGCUCUCUCUCUUCUCUUCUUGUUUCCUUUGUCUAUUUUCACAUACCUCUUUCUAAAUUUCGAAAAAACAAUAAUCAUUUCAUUCAUCUUAGCCUUAUUUGUCAUAAUAUCCGCUUUUUGUGCUGUGGCUACUAUAACAUACUCUACUUUUCAUGGAUAUAACGGUCAACCUAUCGAUCUUUCCUCGAUUCUUUUCUCCAUUUUCCCCUUGUCUCUUCCCUUUCUUUCUACUUUCACCCUUUUACUACUCAUCGUGGCUUUAAUUUCCAUAUGCCUUGGCCUUGUCUUCCUUUUGAUCUCCAAAGGAAUUCUACUCAAGGGGUUUGACAUGAAUUUGAAUUCAUUUUACUUUAAUUCCUAUGUUUCAAUCAUGAUUGUAGUUGGAAUAUUUUUGGACAUGAAGUGGAUGUUAGCAAAUGUGAUUAUUGUGGCAGAAGGUAAAAGAUGCUAUGAACCUUUACGUAGAAGUGCUUAUUUGAUGAAAAAAGUGAAAUGGGGGGUAAUUUUGUCAUUUCAGUUUCUCUCCGUCGCUCCGGUAGGGUUGUUUUUCUGGAAUUGCGGCACUUUUUGGCUGAUACAUACCGGUGGUUGGAGUAAAUGGUUGAACGUCGUUUCUUUUGCAAUGGACUUGGUGAUUUACUCAGCAUUUUUGACAUUGUUCUUACUUUCUAGUUUGGUUCGAAAUGUGAUUUUGUAUGUGCAGUGCAAGGCCCUAUGUGGGGAAUUUUUGGAAGACUUACCCCCUUAUGAUGUAAUAUUAUAGGUUCAAUUUUCUUGAUUAUCCAAGUUUCAUUGUCUUAAGUUCACAUGUAGUGAGUGUGUAAGUGUAUUAUAAUCACUUG